GAUGGCCAUACCCCUCUGCAUCACGGAUAUAAGCCGCUCGAACUUGCUAAAAUUUUGAUCUAUCAUGGGGCAGAUGUGACGAGGACAGUCGAAAAACCCAUUAAUAAUGGAUGGACAGCGUUACAUCUAGCAGCAUGCUGGGGGCUUGAAGAUAUAGCUCGGCUCUUGCUGACUAAAGGAGCCAAUAUCAACGCAAAAACUGACCAGGGCGCAACAGCUCUGCAUACUGCAUCUGGGUUAGGGAAGACUGCGAUGGUGCAGCUGCUUCUCAGGAAUGGCGCAGAGGCAGAGAUACAGAGCAACAGUGGUGAAACGGCUCUGCAAAAAGCAGUGAUGAAUGGGAGUGAGGAGGUUGUGAAGGUCAUCCUAAAG